GUUUCCUAUUUUAUGUUCUUAACCUUAUUUGAUUGGUUCUGUAAUCUGUUUCCCUAUUCAUUUUCUUGAGCAUAUUUUAUUGCCAGGGCCAUCAAGAAUACAUGGAGUCAUGUUCGUCAUCUGAAUCAGGUCCAUGGAGAUUAUUCACAGGACUAAGUGCUUGUGAAAUUUGCAAGGUUGAAGAGCUAGAGUAUGCGGAGCUCCCAGGCUCUGGGGAUAGCUGUUGUAAGCUUAAACUUAGAUUUGUGGACCCUUCUUCAAAUAUGUAUGGAAAAUCAUUUAAAUUAACUCUACCUGAAUUGAUUAACUUCCCUGAUUUUGUUGUUGAGAAAACAUGGUAUGAUACUGCCAUGAAGAGAAAUUGGUCUUCAAGAGAUAAAUGCAUGGUCUGGUGGAGAAAUGAAGAUGGGAAAGGUGGAAAUUGGUGGGAUGGUCGAAUUAUUUCAGUUCAGGCCAAAUCUCAUGACUUCCCUGACAGUCCCUGGGAAAGGUAUCUUAUCCAGUACAAGAUUGAUCCAUCAGAGAAUCAUAUGCAUAGUCCGUGGGAACUAUGUGAUCCCGAGAUUCUAUUGGAGCAUCCCCACAUUGAUCAUGAAAUCAGAGAUAAGCUGCUGUCCUAUUUCACUAAAUUAGACCACAGGGAGAAGUUUGAUAUCCAAGCACUGAAACACGUAGCUGAGAAAUUAGAGUUUUCAAACAGGUACUAAAAGUUUCUGUGUAGAAAGGCACAGAGCACUGGUAUG